AUGGUCUUCUACAAAAGUGUUUUGGCCUUUAAUCCAGAUUACAUGACUGGCACUACUCCCCCCUAUUUGGUCUUCUUAAGAUCUGAGUACUUGCCCUGUGCUGGAGCCUUGAUUCAUCCCCUGUGGGUGAUCACAGCUGCACACUGCAACUUACCGAAGCUUUCUGUGAUAUUGGGGGUUACAAUCCCAGCAGACCCCAGUGAACGCCAUGUGCAGGUAGUUGACUACGAGAAGAUAAUUUAUCAUCCACGAUUCUCCAUAACUUCUAUUGAUAAUGACAUCAUGUUAAUCAAGCUCUCAAGAAAAGUUCAACUUAAUAGUUUUGUUUCAGUGGUCAACCUGCCCUACCAGCCUGCCCCUGUGAAAAGCCUAUGUACUGUCUCUACCUGGGGCUUUAAUGUCUGUGAUUCAUCAAAGGAUCCUGACACACUGCAGAAUGUGGAUAUCACUGUAAUCUCCAAGGCUGAAUGCCAGUAUGCCUAUAAAGUCCAUGAAAUCAAGGAAAGCAUGCUGUGUAUUGGCAUUGUGCCAGGAAGGAGGCAGCCCUGCAAGGAAGUCUCAGCAGCUGUGGCAGUCUGCAAUGGUACGCUUCAAGGAAUCCUGUCUUUUGCAGAUGGAUGUGUUUUAAGAGCUGAUAUUGGCAUCUAUGCCAAAAUCUUUACACACAAAAACUGGAUUGAGAGUAUAAUCCAAAACAAUUGA